UGUAAGACUUCUUGCAUGACAUGAUAUCAAUUUGAUCAAUUUCAAAAGUGCUGUGUUGUGUACCAGAAACAGUGCUCCAGCUAGGCCUAAAUAGAAGGGCAUCCUGCCCUACCCUUUUGAAGCUCCGUCCUGCCCUUCUGAGGCCCCGCCCUGCCCUUUUAUUUUUUAUUUUUUUAUUUUAAGACCUUAUAAUUAAUUAGUCUUGUAUUACAAUGAUACCAAUUUAUUUCUCAUUCUAGACAUUUUAUUUACAUGGUUUAAUAAUAUGGUAAUAAUAUAUUCAAACAAUUUAUAAUAAUAUAAAAAUUAAUAUGCAACAGGGAUCAUUACGGAGAUGACCGCUGGCUUGAAAGUGCCCUUUUGACAAAAUACUUCGCACUCGAAAGGUGCUCUUUUGACAAAACAGCCCUCCCCUACCCUUUUCAAAUCCCAGUUGGAGCACUGUCAGAAAUAUUGAUGUGCACUUAAUGACAUUCUAAUGUACCAGUAACUGGCUAUUAAAUUUGUUUACUGACCUUACUUUGAACUCUUACACUGAUGCUUUUAUGACUUAGACUAAUGUUUCUUUUGAUCUUUCAACCUUUAACCUUUUAAACUUGAAUCUAUAUAUAGAUGUUAUCCUUAAAAUAUCUUGAUUGUUUUAUUUCACAUACUUAGUUUAUCAACCAGGAGUGUUAAAUGUUAAUUUGUAUCCAAAAGACAAGAUUAUGAACCCAAAUAAGUGAACUCACAUAGUCAUUGCAUGUCUCAUUUCCUAACUGUACAAAUCUUCUGCCUUGUUUCAUAUUAUCAUAAAGUUAAAAUUUGGAAUAUUAAUCAAAAAGUGAAUUGACAUGUCAUCAUGUAAAAUUUUAAUAACUCUUAUUUAUUAAUGUAGUAAGCAAUAUUUAUUGUGGUUUGAUACUGACACUUAACCCUUUCAGUGCGGGAACCGAAUUUUAAAGGCCUUUGCAAACAGUUUGGAUCCAGAUGAGACGCCACAGAACGUGGCGUCUCAUCAGGAUCCAAACUGUUUGCUAUUCUGAUAGUAUUCUUUGAAAAAAAUAGAAAAAAAUGCUAAUUUUAGAACUUCAGCAGACGACAAUUUAGCAGACGACAAAUUUCCCAGCAUGCAAAGGGUUAAGGUUUUCAGAAUGUGUAACCCAGCAAGUGCCAAGACUUGCGUUGUAUGCCUCCUAGCAUGCAGCUUAACCUGCUAUGUAUUUGGCCACAAACAUGAUCACCAUGAUGACCAUUUCCAUGGCAACAUCGAUCCCCAUGGUAACCAAACAGUUCCUGCUACUAUGGAGGCCUCCACUGAUGUGUACAAAAUAGAGCCAGACUAUUUUCUUAAUAAAUUACUUAAGAAGUACGGCAAUGGAAUCGAGAUCUCAAACAAAGGUUUCCGCCACCUCUUGUGCCAUCUUGGCCUUGGCGGUAGGCUAGUGUUAUCAUCCUCUGACUGUGCUAAUCAUUCACACCAGUACAGUCCACUUCAGGAGGGGUCAUUCCAUGACCAUAAUGAUCAUGAAAUCCAUGAAAAUGUUAAUAAUACUGAUGACCAUCAGCACCAUGUCCAUGAUCAUGAACUGCAUGAGGGCCAUAAUCAUCAUGAACAUGCUGACCAUGAUCACUCUAUGGACACAGUUCCAUCUGGAAUUCAUGACAGUCACGAUCAUGAAAACCAUGACCAUUCACAUGAUUCAGUGCACAAUGUACCAUCAAACAACAAACACGUUGGGACUUCAUUGAAGCCUAUUGCUGAACAAACUACUGUUCCUACCACUAAACGGUCUCAAAAGAAUAAAAAUGGUAAAAAUACUCAAAAGCAAAACAUUUCCACCGCUAUGCCUACCACUCAAAGUAUUGUCAACAAAGUUUCUAAAGAAGCAGUUGAAGAUCAUAUCAAUCAGUUUAAGAACGCAAAUGGUGCUAAAAGUGGGUCACAAGAUAAAAAAUCAGAGAGAAAACGUCAUGCUGAAGAUUCCCAGUGCCUGGGGGCGACCUCAAUGCUACAUCUGAUAGGCGUGAACCCGGCGGGAGGCGUCACCGCGGAGCUGUUCAAGACUCUCUGCCCGGUGCUCGUCUACCAGAUCGACACGGACGCCUGUCACGCGCUGCAUGAGGAUCUAGCACACAGGUGCCACCUCAAGGAUGAUGGGCAUGGCCAUGACCACCAUGACAAGGAUUCUGGGAAAGUUUCUGCAACAUAUGUUUCAGUGGAACAGAUACCAGCCAAAGUGUGGGGGUUUAGCUGUGUAGCAGUGUUCCUCUUAUCCCUGAUGGGGUUGUUGGGGGUUGCAGUGCUCCCUUUCAUGCACAAGGUCUUCUACAACCACAUCCUGCUGUUCCUGGUUGCCCUUGCUGUAGGGGCCCUGACAGGGGAUGCCCUUCUGCACUUAUUACCUCAUGCCAUUGGGGGAUUUCAUGAAGGGGAAGACCACAGCCAUAACCAUGGCGACGGCCAUUCACAUGACCUGGGUCCGAUUUAUAAGGGGCUGUGUGGACUUCUGGGAAUCUUUUUCUUCUUCAUCAUUGAAAGGGUGCUCACAAUUUUGACAGCUAUUAAACGGAGACGGAAGAAGCAAAAGUAUCUUAGAAGAAAUUAUAGGGAGGAGCCAAAAGAUGUGGAACAGAUCAGCGAGGGAUUGGCCAUCACAGAUACAUGUGACGCUAUGAUGAUCAACAUUCACCCCAACAGAGCACUACAAGGCUAUGCCGAUGAGGCCCAUAGCGAGCACUGCAAGAUAAGCUUCGAGAACUCACAGGAUGUGACCCACCAUCAUGACCUUACCCAGAGGGAGACAAACGUUGAUGGAAACGAGAACUCAACAAUGAUCCAAGCCUUAAAUGGCACCCACAAACAUUCCAAUGAACACGGACAUUUGCAUGGACAUGGGCAUUCGCAUGCCGUUGAUGGUAUUCCGACGUCUGUGUCUGCGGUGGCCUGGAUGGUGAUACUGGGAGACGGCAUCCACAACUUUGCCGACGGCCUCGUUAUAGGAGCUGCCUUUGUCAGCAGCAUCACUGGAGGCUUCAGCACCGCCAUUGCUGUGUUCUUCCACGAGGUGCCACACAAGAUAGGUGACUUUGCCAUGCUGCUGCGAGGAGGCAUGUCGGCAAAGCAGGCACUGUUCUACAACUGUGUGUCCUCCGUCUUGUGCUUCGUCGGCAUGGUGAUUGGCGUUCUUAUUGGCAACAUCGCAGGAGUCAGUCUGUGGAUCUUCACUGUGGUUGCAGGAAUGUUCCUCUACAUCGCCCUUGUUGAUAUGCUUCCUGAGCUCUCCUCAGUGGAGACCAAGAAGGGAGAGAAUCCAUUCUGCCAUCUGGUGGUGCUGGUAGUGGGGAUGCUGCUGGGGGGUGGGAUCAUGUUCAUAAUCGCUGUGUACGAGGAGAAUCUCAAAACUCUGCUGGAGUGAUCCACCGGGAUCCCUGGAUCCUGAAAAUAGUGCUUUUGUGAUCCCCAACGUCUGCAUCGAAAUGCACAUUUGUAUACAACUAGUGCUGCUCUGUAUCUAUUGUUUGUCUAUGUUGAAUGUUUAGUGUGUAGUUUUUGCAGAAACAAUCGUGAUGCAUAUGGUAAUACAGGGUGUUUUUCUAAUGUCAUUGUUAGAUAUUGUGUUCACCCCAUGUCCGGCUUCCCUGGUAGUCAAUGUAAAUACUGGUAAAUAUAUUUUUCAUCCAAUCUGAAUAACACUUUUUCACAAUAUUCAUCUUGACAAUGAUCAAUCCCAAAUUCAAAUGCUGCAUGUCCAUUUGUUUUAUUACCAUCUAUAUAAUCAUAAUUAUAUAUAUAUAUAUAAUAAUACAAAAAUAUAUGCUUAUGAAAUAAUGUACAAACCAAUUUGAACACCAGGAUGUUUUUUUUCUAAUUGUCCUACAAUGAUGGAUGAUGUUGUUCUGCAAUAUCAGACUGACAGUGGGUACCUCACUCCAUCCAAUUUGAACACCAGGAUGUUUUUUUUUCUAAUUGUCCUACAAUGAUGGAUGAUGUGGUUCUGCAAUAGCAGACUGACAGUUGGUACCUCACUCCAUCUUUCUGUGUAGCCAGAGAUGCCAGAUUUUUCAACACACUCCUUUUGUUCUGCAUAGCCUGCGUGGCCAGCUUCCUCCUACCCUCACUGUCCACCUGCAGUAAAGUGCUGGAUCCUCCUCCCCUCACCGUCCACCUGCAGUAUAGUGCUGGAUCCUCCUCCCCUCACUGUCCACCUGCAGUAUAGUGCUGGAUCCUCCUCCCCCCAGUUUAGUGCUAGACGGUGAUCCACAGACCAGCACCUGGCCUGUAGAGGUGACAUGUACACCAUCUGGGUGUUUCAGAUCUGGGUCUGUCGAUACAGCCAGGACUUUUGUAUCUCAGGCCAGAGUGAGAAGCUUGUACUGGAAGCAGUUGGUAAUGUACAACGUGUCUCCUGUCGGACUCACUGCACAGCUGUAUACUGUAAAUGAGCACUGUCCACCUGCAGCAUAAUGCUGGGUCCUCCU